AUGUCAUUUAAUCAAUAUAAUCCCAUUGUUGAAGAACCUAUACCUGAGACAUCAUUUGAAGGAACAUCUAAUCCUCCUAUUAUUAAUUAUGAAACCUUACUUACAAAAUUAAAUGAAAUUGAUAAAAAUUAUGCAACAAAGUUAAGAUACCAAUUACAAUUUUAUUUCAUGGAUCCAAUAAAAAAAUAUAAGGUUAGAAAACAAUUACCAUGGAAAUUGAUGCUUCAAAUAUUAAAAAUACUAUUUGUUACACUACAAUUGGUACUUUUUGCUGAACUUCGUGUAACACAUGUUGACUUUCUCGAUGAAACUGCUACCGUAAUGCGUCAUAAAUUUUUAAAAGAUUGGUCUGAUGAGAGAGAUAUUGUUACAUACCCUCCUAGUGUUGGAAAGUACUCUGUUUUUACAUCAACCGAUUUAAUUGAACAUUUUGCUUUUAUUAUCAAUUCUUAUUAUUCACUUCACAAUGAUUCUUUUGCAUCUUUUUCAUAUGACAUUGCUUUAACACCAUACAAUGAGUCGAUAUUUAGUGGUGGUUUACGAUCAAUUAACAUGGAUUAUGAUAAGAUACCACCACUACAACUUUGUAUUGAAAAGUUGGCUAGUGUUAUUAUAAAAAAUAAUACAUAUGAAUUUGAUAUUAAAAAAGAGACAAACUGUUCAAAAUUAAUUUUUACAUAUAAAGAGUUAACUGAAAUAAAUGAUGAACCUUCAAAUUUAAGGGAAAUUUUGGCACGAAGAAAUGUUACUUUUAAUGCAAAUGAUUCAUUAGUAAUAUCAAAAUUAGUCAUACAUUUCAAUCUUCGGACAAUUCAUUAUUCACCAGUUUUGAUGGAUGAAAAUCCAGAGUGUUAUUUAAUAAAGGUUUCUAUUGUUUAUGACAACUCUAGGCAUACAGGUCAAAUAGGUAUUGACUUAAAAUCAGUUAUAUCAUACAAAAAUAUUUGUAAUGGAAGAGUUUUAAAUGACAGGAAGUUAUCACUUCAUAGUUUGCCAAUUUUAAUUAAUGAUAUUAUUGUACUUUUUUGUUCAAUAGUAUCAUUAGUUUUAUGUACCAGAUCAUUGUUUAAAUCUUAUUGUCUUCAAUCAAGAGUAUAUAUCUUUUUUAAGAAAAUUUUAAAAGUUGAUUUACCAUUGAGAGAUCAAUUAGAAUUUGUCAAUUUAUGGAAUGUAAUGAUAUUUUUCAAUGAUAUAUUUAUUAUAAUUGGUACAAUAUGCAAAGUCACAAUUGAAUUUAGAGAUUUUGAAAAUCAUUUAUUUACCUUAUCAUCAAUAUUUCUUGGCGGUGGAUCUUUACUUGUGUAUAUUGGUGUUCUACGAUAUUUUGGUUUUUUCGAUCAAUACAAUGUUAUUGUAUUAACAUUAAAAAAAUCACUGCCAAAUAUUAUGAGAUUUAUGGUCUGUACAAUAAUAUUAUAUCUUGGAUUUUUAUUUUCUGGUUGGGUAUUAAUUGGACCAUACUCAUAUAAAUUUAGAACAAUAUCAUUAUCAUCGGAAACUUUAUUUUCUCUGGUUAAUGGAGAUGAUAUGUUUCCAACAUUUGCAACAAUUAAUGAUUCCAACACAUCUAUUAAGAUUAUUGCGAUUAUAAUGGAUGCAUAUGAAAUUAUCAAAAGUCAAUGUUCAAUUAACAAUGUACCAGAAAUUUCUCAAUUAAAAAAUUUUAUUUCAUCUGCUCCUGAGCCAGAUUUAGAUGAUCCUACUUCAAGAUCAAGCUUUGCUUAUGAAUCUUUAUUGGAAUUUAAUGUUAAAUAUAUAUUUUUUUUAUCAUUGAAUAUCCUAUUACGAUAUGUUUUGGAAAAGUCAAUCUCUCUUGGCACAAAAACUUUGUUUAUGGUAAUGGCAGAUGGUAAAAAAUAUUUAAGUAAAGAUGAUUUUUAUUUUUUACAUGAACUAGGAACAGGAUCAUUUUCUACUGUACAUUGUUGUUCCAAAAAAGACAAUUCAAAAAGAUAUGCUAUUAAAUGUGUAUUAAAGAAACAAAUAAUACGAGAACGAAAGACACAUCAUAUAAUGAGAGAAAAAGCAAGUAUGAUGCUUUUGUCAACUGAACAAAAUGAGCAUCCAUUUGUUAUAAAGUUAUAUGGUACAUUUCAAGAUAGUGAAACACUUUAUUUUGUCAUGAAUAUUGCUGAGAAGAAGGAUGUUAAACUUUUACUAAGAAAAGUUAAAAAAUUUAGUGUGGAUCAGGCAAAAUUUAUUAUUACUGAGUUGAUAGAGGCUUUGGUACAUAUUCAUUCAUUAAAUGUUAUACACAGAGAUGUUAAACCAGAAAAUUUAUUAAUAUCUUCAACAGGACAUGUGAUAUUAUCUGACUUUGGUUGUUCAAAAAUAUUAGGUGUCAAAGAUGUUGAUAAUAAUAUUGAUGCUAAAGCAAAAAGGAGAGGCUCUUUUGUUGGUACAGCGCAAUAUGUAACACCAGAAAUUUUAUUUGGUUUAGACACAGAAUAUUCUGUAGAUUUUUGGGCUGCAGGUGUUUGUCUAUAUCAAUUUUUAGUUGGUAAAAGCCCAUUUGAUGACAUUAGUGAAUAUUUAAUUUUUCAAAAUAUUCAAACAUUAAGACUAGAAUUCCCAGAUGAUUUUCCAGAUGAAUUAGCUAAAUCUUUUAUCAAAGCUGUUCUUGUAUUAAAAGUUGAAGAACGCCUAGGUUCUGUAGAAAUGGGGGGAGGAGAGGCUGUAAAAAAUCAUCCAUACUUCCAGGGAACUAAUUGGACAGAAUUACCAAAGAAUGAAUCUAAAAUUAUCUCACUUCUAUGA